AGUUUAUAAAGCACAAAACAUCCAAAGUUAAACGACUGUAUUGAAUCUGUUUAAAUCUGUCGAUAGAUGCAGAGUCAGCUGAUGAUGAGAGCAGCAGCUCGGAGCUCUGCAUGUCCAACCUGCCUGGCAACACCGCAGAGACGGAUCAGAAGCAGAAAUUCCAGCCAUCAGAUGUCAGCAUUUCCACGCUAAAGAACAAAGCGAGAGACGCCAUGGUGGAUGCAUCAGAGGCAGCUGCAGGCCGGGAGCUCAGCGGUCAUCAAAUCCAGAAUUAUACCAUCAGCAUCAGUCAUAACAGCGGAGCCAUCGAUGGGAACCAAUCAUCCAGCUCCGUGUCCAAGCAGGACGCCAUUGAAGCUUCGCCCUCUGAGAACGAGCCGAUCGACUCGCCGCUCCUCGGCUUCGGCACGCAAAGAUGGAGGGUUGUGUCCAACUCGCUCACUGGAAGGAAAACCUACGUGCCUUUGCACUUCGGCACCAUGGACAGCCUGAGAAUCCUGAUGGGCGAGCUGACGCAGAUGCAUCCAGAUGUUGGCCGGCAGGGAGUUAUGGACGCUCUGAUGGAGCUGAAGACACGACACGGGGGGGCCCUUGGCAGCCUUCCCCUCAGCACCAUCAGAGAUAUGACCUCUGACCUGCUGACCAAAUCAGCUCCUGCCACCCAGACAUGAGGAGGAAAGACUUUUUUUUCCCCCAUUUACUUAAUUUCAUUGAAUUAAAAAAAAAACGAGUUCAAGU